AUGGCCCAAACCCUCACCUUAGAUACCAUCCUCAGCCAAAGACAAAAGAAGAUGUUGGGGAUGGGGAGAGUCAGGGACCGCAGAAGUUGUAUGGUCCCCACUUGCAUCAUUAUUAACAGCAUUAUAUCUUCCCCACGGUGCUGUUGGCAGAGCCUGAGCAGCAGAGAGACCAGCUUUCUCAUCAGUGAAGAAUCAGCGCCUGCAAAACGAUUCAAUUUGUUCCUGAGGCGACGUCUUAUGUUUAAAAAAGAUGAACAAAGCAAAGAUUCUAUCUUCUUCCGAGAUGGUGUUAGGCAAAUUGAUUUCGUGCUUUCCUAUGUUGAUGACAUAAAGAAAGAAGCAGAGUUAAAGGCGGAAAGAAGACAAGUGUUUGAACAAAAUCUCAGAAAAACAGGUCUUGAGUUGGAAAUUGAAGACAAAAGGAACUCUGAAGAUGGAAGAACUUAUUUUGUCAAGAUCCAUGCCCCUUGGGAUGUAUUAGUUACUUACGCUGAAGUGUUGGGAAUCAAAAUGCCUAUUAAGGAGAGUGAUAUUCCCCGAGAUGCAAAUAUCCCCUUGAGCUAUCUGGCUGGACCUGUGAAGCUCCCAAGGAAUGUGAAGCAUCCUCAUCCUGAAUAUUUCACUGCCCAAUUCACCAGACAUCGGCAGGAACUCUUCCUCAUUGAAGACGAGUCAAGCUUCUUUCCAUCCUCAGCAAGAAACAGAAUUGUAUAUUAUAUUCUCUCACGGUGUCCUUUUGGCAUAGAAGAAGGGAAGAAAAGGUUUGGGAUUGAAAGACUGCUAACUUCUCACACUUAUUCAUCUGCCUAUCCACUCCAUGAUGGUCAAUACUGGAAGCCGUCAGAACCUCCUAACCCUGUCAAUGAAAGGUAUACACUUCGCCAGAACUGGGCUCGAUUUUCCUACUUUUACAAGGAGCAGCCUUUAGAUUUGGUUAGGAAUUAUUUUGGGGAAAAAAUUGGCAUCUAUUUUGUCUUUCUCGGAUAUUACACAGAGAUGCUGACCUUUGCAGCUGUAGUCGGCUUAGCUUGUUUUAUUUACGGCUUGUUAUCAAUGAACGAUACAUCAAGCAGCACUGAAAUCUGUGACCCUCAGAUUGGAGGUCAGAUCAUCAUGUGCCCACUCUGUGAUCUCGUGUGUGAUUAUUGGAGACUAAAUACUACGUGUUUGGCUUCAAAGGUCUCCCAUUUAUUUGAUAAUGAGUCAACAGUGUUCUUCGCAAUAUUCAUGGGAAUUUGGGUCACGUUGUUCUUGGAGUUUUGGAAACAGCGACAAGCCAGACUGGAAUACGAGUGGGACCUGGUGGACUUUGAGGAGGAACAGCAGCAGCUUCAGCUGAGACCUGAGUUUGAAGCUAUGUGCAAACACAGGAAGAUGAAUGCAGUGACUAAGGAGAUGGAACCUUACAUGCCUCUAUGUAGUCGUAUCCCAUGGUACUUUCUAUCAGGAGCCACGGUGACGUUAUGGAUGGCUCUUGUCAUCGCGUGUAUGGUAGCUGUGAUCGUAUACCGCCUAUCAGUCUUUGCCACAUUUGCCAGCUUCAUGGAAAGCGAAGCAUCCUUAAAGCAUGUCAAAAGUUUCCUCACCCCCCAGAUAACGACAUCACUCAGUGGGUCGUGCUUGAACUUCAUGGUCAUCUUGAUCUUGAAUUUCUUUUAUGAAAAGAUAUCUGCCUGGAUUACAAAAAUGGAAAUUCCUCGAACUUACCAGGAGUAUGAGAGCAGUCUUACCUUGAAAAUGUUCCUGUUUCAGUUUGUAAAUUUUUACUCGUCCUGCUUCUACGUAGCUUUCUUCAAAGGGAAGUUCGUGGGCUAUCCUGGAAAAUACACGUAUUUGUUCAAUGUGUGGAGAAGUGAAGAGUGUGAUCCUGGAGGCUGUCUAAUAGAAUUAACAACCCAGUUGACCAUCAUCAUGACUGGGAAACAGAUCUUUGGAAAUGUUAAAGAAGCCAUUUAUCCCCUGGUUCUGAAUUGGUGGAGACGCCGAAAAGCUCGGACCAACUCUGAAAAGCUGUACAGUAGAUGGGAGCAGGAUCAUGACCUUGAAACUUUUGGAUCUCUUGGGCUAUUCUAUGAGUACUUAGAAACAGUUAUCCAAUUUGGAUUUGUUACAUUAUUCGUGGCCUCUUUUCCUUUGGCUCCUCUUCUCGCUCUCUUGAAUAACAUUAUAGAGAUCCGAGUGGAUGCCUGGAAACUUACUACUCAGUACAGGAGGCCUGUAGCUGCUAAAGCUCACAGCAUAGGUGUUUGGCAAGACAUUCUUUAUGGAAUGGCCGUCCUUUCUGUUGCAACUAAUGCUUUUAUUGUUGCAUUUACAUCAGACAUCAUUCCUCGUUUAGUUUACUACUAUGCCUACUCAACAGACGACACCGAGCCCAUGAAAGGAUAUGUCAAUAACAGCCUGUCAACAUUCCUAAUAGCUGAUUUUCCAAACCACACCGUGCCCUCGGAAAAACGAGACUUCACCACUUGCAGGUACAGAGAUUACAGAUAUCCUCCUGAUCACGAUCAGAAAUAUUUCCAUAACAUGCAGUACUGGCAUGUCCUUGCUGCCAAGAUGACCUUCAUCAUAGUUAUGGAGCAUGUUGUGUUUUUAGUUAAAUUUUUGUUGGCCUGGAUGAUCCCUGAUGUUCCAAAAGAUGUUCUGGAGAGAAUCAAGCGAGAAAAGUUAAUGACUAUCAAGAUUCUCCAUGACUUUGAGCUUAACAAAUUAAAAGAGAACUUGAGAACUAAUUAUGGUGAAUUUUCCAAGCAAGUCAUGAUUGAGGAAAACAAAGUAUAGCCGGCUAAACCAACAAUCUGAUCAACAUAAUGAGAAGCAGCUGGUGACCUGUCUGGCUUCACAGUUUUCCCUGGGUUUAGGGCCAGAGGCCAGAAGCCAUGUGUCAAUUUUACUCCUUCUUCUUUUUUUUUAACUCAAAGUUUUUGUACACUUUUAUAGAGGCCAACUUUGUGAGGUCGGAAGAGUACCACUUGUCUGCUCCAUUGGCAGGGCCCUCCCCGGUAUUGUUUUCUGGGCUCCUGUAAGCGAUUGUUAAAAGUGCAUGUGGAAUCACAAUAUUGGAAAAUCAUGGAAUGUUGCAGCUUAGAAUUAAACACUGGACUUGGGCUGUCCCAACCCCUUCCAGUGCAUCUGCACAUUUUCAUGGUCUUCUGUGGGGUUGUUUUAUAUCUCCUUCCCAUCAAGAACAAUGUUGGGACAAAAAAAAAGGAAGUCAGGAGGCCUAGUGAGCCAUCUAUAUCCUGCCAUUUUAGACUAUGCAAAUGGAAAACCAAAAUCAGUUGACAUAAGGAAACUCACAUAUUAAAUAAAAUAUUGGGUAAAUAUCAUGGGAGGGGUUUGUUCCUGAAAUCAUCCUGAAUAAGUUAAACUUCCCUCAGAAUCCCAGAUAGUCCUUCCAGGUAAAUGCAGAGUUGAUUUUUCAAGAGACUGAAUGCUUGGAUUUCAACAAAAGACUAACAACUCAGUUCUUUAAAGAUAACAUCUUGGUAACAGUAGUUUCAAGACUGGAUUGUCUUAUCUGGAAAAUAGCAUUAAGAACUUGUUAGAUUGUUUCAGGUCUUCAAGUAAAUGAAAGAUAUUACAGAGAAAUAAACGUGUCUUCUUAGUAGUUAACAAAUGCAAGACAAUGUAUAUUGAUUAAUUUAUUGACCUUAAUCUAAAAAAAUCGUUGAAUUAUUCUUAAAAAUCAUUUUUCUUCUACAAUGCCUAUUUUGCAUCAUGAAGCCUGUUUGAGCAUUAGUUAUUUGUAUAAGUUAGGUACAAGUUGUUUAUGAAAUUUGAUCUCUUGGUUUAAAGCGAUCUCAAAUCCUUUAGUGAGUUGACAAUCUUUUCUGUUGAUGCAU